GUCUAGUUUCCUGAGAAGUGUAUAUUCGUCCAUUUUCGUAUUUUAGGGCUGGUUACAAAUGUACCAUUAUGACACUGUGUUGUUAAUUAUACCAGCUGCGAAUUUGUGAUGUGAAAAUAUUUUGAUAUUCUCGUGUAAUUGCGUUGUAAACUGCGCAUUUCUUGCGGGGAGUAUAUCCUGCUAUUUUCUGUCGUGACAGGACUAAAUUUAAUCCGUCAAGAUUUUUCUGGGAGUGCAUUCCAAGAUGCCGUUGCAUCAACUAGCCGACCCGUGGCAGAAGGUCGCCGUAAAAGAACAUGCAGAGGGCAAAAGCAGCGAGGAAAUGCUAGUUGACAACACAAAUGAAUCAGAAGACCAGGAGAUGAGAGAGAUCAACAUCACAAACAUGGCUGCAGAAGGCCUACAGAAAUCGGACCCAUCGCAGUUUGAACUCCUGAAGGUCUUAGGCCAGGGAUCAUUUGGAAAGGUAUUCCUUGUACGAAAGGUGUUUGGUGAGGACAGCGGUACCCUGUAUGCAAUGAAAGUCCUUAAAAAAGCCACAUUAAAAGUGCGUGAUCGUGUGCGAACCAAAAUGGAAAGAAAUAUUCUUGUAGAUGUUAAUCAUCCUUUCAUCGUCAAGCUACACUAUGCAUUCCAAACAGAAGGCAAGUUGUAUCUCAUCCUUGAUUUUCUGCGAGGUGGUGAUCUUUUUACCAGACUUUCCAAAGAGGUGAUGUUUACAGAAGAGGAUGUCAAGUUGUAUCUAGCUGAGCUUGCCUUGGCCUUAGACCACUUGCACAGCUUGGGAAUCAUCUACAGGGAUCUCAAACCAGAAAAUAUUCUACUGGAUGCCUCAGGCCACAUCCAGCUGACAGAUUUUGGUCUCAGCAAAGAGGCCGUGGACAAAAGCAAGACCUUCUCAUUUUGUGGGACUGUAGAGUACAUGGCACCUGAGGUGGUCAAUCGUCGAGGUCAUACAACAGCAGCUGAUUGGUGGUCAUUUGGGGUUCUAAUGUACGAGAUGUUAACAGGUUCAUUACCAUUCCAGGGUACACACAGAAAGGAAACAAUGGUCAUGAUCCUGAAAGCCAAGUUGGGUAUGCCACAGUUUCUAAGCCCUGAGGCCCAGAGUCUCCUCCGACAACUGUUCAAGAGAAACCCCGCCAAUCGGCUAGGCGCAGGAGAUAAUGGUGUUGAAGACAUUAAAAAACAUCCCUUCUUUGCAUCCAUUGACUUUGAAAAACUCCUGAGGAAAGAAAUUUCACCCCCUUUCAAGCCAGCUGUGUCUGCUGCUGAUGACACCUUCUACUUUGAUACAGAGUUUACAUCCAGAACCCCCAAAGAUUCUCCAGGACUACCUCCCAGUGCAAGUGCCCAUCAGCUGUUCCGUGGAUUCAGCUACAUUGCUCCUGUCCUCUUACAAGAAGAUGAGGCAAAGGCAGCAACUAAUAACUCACAUACACAACCAACAAAAGACACAGUACAUCUUCCAGUCAAACAUGCACGAGUGACAAACAUCACCGAGGAAUAUGAGCUCCAGGAUGUCAUUGGUCUUGGGUCUUUCUCCAAGUGUCUCUGUUGCGUCCAUAAAGCAUCAGGCCAGCAGUAUGCUGUCAAGAUCAUCCCUAAAGGAAAGAAGGAUGUUCAGGAAGAGAUUGAAGUCAUGCUAAGAUAUGGACACCAUCCUAAUAUCAUCACAUUAAGAGAUGUAUAUGAUGAUGGCCAGAAUGUGUACAUGGUGAUGGAAUUAAUGAAAGGUGGUGAGCUGCUUGACAAAAUCCUCAAGAAGAAACAUCUAUCUGAAAGAGAAGCUUGUGAGAUCAUGCGUGUUAUAACCAAGACAGUGGACUACCUCCAUCAACAGCGGGUGGUUCAUCGUGACCUAAAGCCAAGCAACAUACUCUAUGCAGAUGACUCGGGACACCCUAGCUCACUGAGAAUCAGUGACUUUGGAUUUGCAAAGCAGAUGCGAGCAGACAAUGGUUUGCUGAUGACACCGUGUUAUACUGCAAACUUUGUUGCACCGGAGGUACUGAAGAGACAAGGUUAUGAUGCAGCCUGUGACAUAUGGAGUCUGGGAGUUCUUCUCUAUACAAUGCUGGCAGGAUAUACACCAUUUGCACAUGGACCAGAUGAUACUGCUGCGGUUAUUUUGGCUAGAAUUGGAGAGGGCAAGUUUUCUUUAAAUGGAGGAAACUGGGACCAUGUUUCACCAAUGGCUAAGGAAUUGGUGCGUUGGAUGCUGCAUGUUGAUCCCUAUACUAGACCCUCAGCAAUUAAAGUGUUGCAACAUCCCUGGAUGCAACACUGUGAGUCCCUGCCCCAGGAUAGACUGACUACACAGGAUUAUGACCUGGUCAAGGGAGCAAUGAAGGCAACCUACAUGGCUCUCAGCAACAAGCCCAGAAAGGAGAACUUAGAGCCUGUCACCUCCUCCAUGCUAGCCCAGCGCAGGAAACUCAAGAAGCUCAGCUCUACUACCCUCUGAUACGCAUCCACUCAUCACAGUCAUAGAAACCCUAGUAAACGCAGUGGUUAGGCUGUCCAAGUGCUUUUUAUUUCUUUUAAUCAAGCACAUUCAGAAUGUACUCAGGCAGUACAAGUGUUUGGUGCAACUGUUGAAAGCCUUAUUUGCAUUGGAUGAUAACCAGGACUUUGGUUGUUUCAAUAUCAUGGUUCAAUUUAAUAAGGUGGGCAAAUAACGCUUGUCUUCAGCUGGUCAUUUUAAUUAAAGUGAACAUAUAAAAUGAGACAUUAAAACAAUAGAAAUACAUACACAUGAAACCUCUGUGAUUCUGGAACUUUUUGAGAUAAUUUAAGAUUGUUAUUGCGUAAACAGUAAUUUUUCUUUAACGGACCAGAGUAUUUGGGAAGAGCAAAAAAUGGACCUGGACUGAUGUUGAAAAGGGUUCCUGAAUGAAAUUCCUUUAUCACUGUAAUAUUCUUGAAAUUACAAUGGGAUUGCGAGUCUAGUACUAGAGGGACCAGCUUUCAAAACUACAAUGAUGUUUCUGGCAAGUCACAUGCAGUGUUAAAAAAAGCUUUCUACCGUUUUAUGAAUAUAGGUUUUUGUAUAAAACUACAACUGGAAUUUUCUAUUUGAAAUGGGACUUGGGUUUAAAAGUGGUUUUCAUUAGUAUUCUCUCUUCUUGUUAUCACAAAUAACGUGCAAGGUUUAUAUGCUGACUCUGAUCAGGAAUCAGUGUGACUUCAAACAAGUUGAUUGUUGUGAUUCGGAAGUGGGAAUUCAGAGUAGCAAGUGGAAUUAUAUGAGACUUACCCACAUUUAAUCCAAUCCAGUGCAAACAAGGCUUCAGGUAUGGGCCUCCUGCAUCUUUGGCAGGUGCUGUGUGAGAAUCUUUCAUUGAUGUGAGACUCAACAGAGGAAGUGUCAAAGGCAUUUUGCAUUGCCAGUGGGUACUUGUCAUUCCAAAUUAUUGCGGGACAGUGUUUUUGUAGUGGACCAGGGUAGUGUGACAGUUAACCCAUGCAGUACAAAGACCACUUAUUUUGGCUUCAUGUUGAUAAUGUACAGUUAAUUUGUUGCAUUUUGAUUUUACAUAUUGAGUGUUAGAACUAAAGAGCUAGAUGAGUUAUGAAAGACUUAUUUUUGUAUCUUGAAGUUAGGAGUCAAAACUAAUAAUUAUUGGUUCAAACCAUUUUUCCUUUCUUUUUUUGUCAAAACAAAUUUGGAUAUGAAAAUCAUGUCAUAAAUUUUACUACUGGUGCAUCUAAAUCAACAGAAACACUUUAAAUAAUGUUUUCAAAUUGAAUUUGUAAGAAAAUGUACAUACUAUUUUUUCCUUACGAUUUCUAUUCAUUUUCCUGAACACACUUCAAAAGUAGCCUUCCAAGUUGCUAGUGGUGUGCUUACAAGGUCAUAUCUACUCAACUGCAAACAAUGAGUCAAAGACAUAUACUUUACUCAGGCACUGUACUAGUGAAAAUUGUCACUGUCAGUUUUCCCAUCUCUUCAUUUGACCAGUGACAGGUGCAUUUUUUCAAGUUUGUCUAGAUGUUUACAAGUAAAAUGGUUUUUACUGAAGAGUAGACCAAGUAAAAAGAAUGACUUAUUUCAGGGUAGUUGAGUAUGACCCUUGCUAUUCCAUCAGAGGCACAAGGACGUUGCCAAAAUCAGCUCAAGCUGUGUUGCUGUUGCCCUAUACACCUCCUAUUUAACUUAUUUGCUUCCCACAGAGUUUUCUGUUCAUCUUCCAUUGUGAAACAUGCAUGCCCUGGCCAGUACGAUUGUGGGAAAGCUUUCUUUUGUUAAAAAAAAAUCUAAAUUGGAUCGUAGGGACAUUGGUGCUUCUCUCAGGGGCCCCCUCAUUAUUAGGGUUUUAUCAUAAUUACGAGGAAUUAGUCCAGUUAAAACUGUAAUGCGGAUUCCAUCUACUACUGAUCUGAAGUUCAAGAACUUUAAUUACUACCUUGACAAUAGUUUUUGUAAAAAGUACAGACUGGAGGAGCUAGCACUUCAUUUAGUGAACCAAGGGGGAUGAGUUGAAUGUGUAUGAGGUGUAAUGAUCAUGUACUUGUUUUUAUGUCAAAUAUGGCAAGGGAUAUAUGCAUGUACUGCACAAUGCCCGUUAAAUUGAAAUAAAAAACCCCCAUUAACUUGGGUUACCGUAAAAAGUGUGACUCUCUUACUUGUGAUGGCAUAAAUACUCUCCAAGUUCUAACACUUAUUGGACUGCCAUCACGUCCUGUACCUAAUAUUACACCAGUGCUCCUAAAAUUCGGCUCUUUCAUGGCUUAAAUGGGCAGAGCGUGUCUUUUUAGACUUUGAAGAGAAGUGGUUUGUUUCUCUGCAUUGUUAACUCUACCAGGGUCUGUGUACACAAAUAAACUUGAAAUAUUGAGUUUUGAACAAAACUUGUAUCACAAGAGGGCUUUACAAAUGCCCAUUUGCAAAAAUAAACAAUAUAACAUUUACUUUGAUACUGUUUAAUUUGAAUAACUGAUCCAAGUUAUAAUUUCUUCCUUUACUUCUGUGUAAUAUUAAUUAUUUUGCUAGUAAUUUCUUGUCAAGUUUACCUGUUUGUUUUCCUUUUGAAGGAUUUUGUGAGCACUGAUGUCACUUAUCUACACUGGGAAUGGGAGUCUCCUAUGAACCCAAGGAAAAACGAAUUCAGAUUCCAAAAUGUUCACCAUCAAAACAUGUGUUUUGGAAAAAUCUUGCAGACGUGUACUUUGUUUUUGUGUUGAGUACAAGCAACUUGGCACUCCUGUAUGGUCAAAGCAUUGUUUCAAAAAGCCAUUUAGUUUCCAACGCACUCUUGGCUUUACAUGUAUACUAUUUUAAAGUUUUAUACGUGGUGUAUUAAGACAUCAAAAGUGAAAAUACCGAAUUGUCUGUAUCAUAGUUUGAUGACCUUCUUGUGUAAAUUCUUGGGGGAGGGGAUAGUGGGAGGGGAUAGUGGGAGGGGAUAGUGGGAUGAGGGUUGUAGAAUGGUGCAGCGCACCAACCAUUGUGUAAGCACACACUUUUCCAAGCAAAUGAUGUGCCCAACUUUGUUGAUAUUCAGAAUAUUUACAUACAUUUCUCUUCUUGCAUUGGGUAAACUAUAUAUGUCCUUUACUUUCUUGGCAAAGUCCUGUAGUCUUGCUUAUUUUAUAAGCAUAUUGCCACUGAUAGUGUUUAGCCUGCUAGUCUAGCUCUUUUUUAGUACAUUCCUUGAAAAGGUAGAAUAAAAAGUAUUUACAAUUUAUUAAAAACCGAUUUGAAAGUAAGCCAACUUUUGUACAAAAUGAAUAAAACUGCCUUUAUUUUGGGUGAGGGUAUUUGAAUUUGUUGCGAAUGCAUUUACAAUGUAUGUACAGAGUAUACAUUCAUUUGGUAUUGGAAUUACAUAUUGUUUUGCAUACUGUUUAAUAUGGACAAUUGGACAUGUCAAGUUUUUGUAAUGGAAGACGCCAUCUUAAAAGUUGAUUACACUUGACAAGACCAUGUGUAUGUGGGGGUGGACUUUUGCACCACACACAUACAUGGAUGAAAUAUAAUGAAAACUUUCCGUACAGACUCAAAAUUACAGCCACAGCAAAGAAAAUGUUUGUCACUUCUGUAAUGUGCCUGUGCCCACAGAUGGUAUUUUUGCCUGAGCUAUAUCACAUGCUCAUAAAUGAUUGAAGAGCAAAGACAUUUCUGUAUGGUUGUAUGAUGGUGAAAUUGUUGGCACAUGUCUACAUAAAUUUCCACUUACUUUAAACCUAAACUUACAAAAAAAAACAAACCUGUGUUAUCAUUGCUUUCAGUUUUGUACAGAGUAGGAUGUGUGAAAAGUGUAAGUCUUUUGGCAUUAGAGGCUGUGAAAAUACCCUCAUCAGCUUGGUCAGAAUGCUUACAGGAAUUUAUCAGUGGAUUGGGAUUCAGAGUUGUUGCUGGACUUUCCCAUGAGUAAAAGGAUUAAGAUAGUGCUCUUCACCGGUCCUUUGACAAUUGAAACUCUUACCUCUUCCCACCAUGUAUGAGAAAAUGUUGUGGCAAGUUCUAUGGUGGGUUUCAUUUAUACACCAUCCACUAUCAUCAUGCUGUAAUGUGUGUCUAUUACCAUUCUCACCUGGGUCACUGCUACAGCUUGAGCCAUGUAUAUAUCCAACCAUAUCCAUUCUCUGAUUUCAUACACUUUUAGGCGUUCACUCUCCAUUUAAGUUUAUUACAGGUGAAAUACUCCUAACCAGUUACAAGGUUUUCAUAAUUAUUUAAAGUGUAAUCAUUGAAUUAUUACAAACCAAAUGACUUUGAUUUUGAUGUAUGAAGAUUUACACUAUCAUAUGAUUGAUGUCUUUAAACUAAUUCUUCGAAAGCCAUUUAUACACGAGGUGAUCAUUGCUGCGGUACUUUUCUCAUUACCUUUGUAUCUGCAUACAAUCUUUCAAUAAAUUAUAGUUGUCACAUGA